AUGUCCUCCAAGCCCAUUUUCAUCGAAUGCACUGCCCAGCUGGAUGGGGACAACGGGGCGCCAUCCACGCAGCGCGAAGGUGUUCGACUGGAUCUGCACGACUGCUUCACUGGGGGAUUACGAGAGACGUCCGGCAACCCGGAGGCGCGGAUGUGGUACGCCGCCAAGCACUACGCCGCCAGCGUGGUCGCCAAGCAGCGGUGCAAGCUCGUCGGAUGGUCGGCGGCCAUCCCGUUCACGAGCAUCAGCGAGAUCCGCGGCGGCGUCCCCCCGCUGCUCGAGCACCAGCGGCGGUGGAACCUCCCAGACGGCGACGCGGACAAGCUGCGCUUCGAGCGCGCGACGCCCGAGGACGUUGCCAACGCCCUGCGCGACCCGGAGAGCGUCCACCCGAACCCCGCGCACCUCCAGGCUGAGAAGCUCAAGGCUGCCGCAGCUCGCGCAGAGGCAAAGGCGAAGGCGGCAGUGGCGGACGUCGUCCCGGUGUGCACGUAUCACCCAGACGACUUGAGCUUUGUCGGGCUCGAUCUGACCUCCACUGGGCGCAGCGGGGAGCCGGGCGCAGGCGCACCUGUGUUGUCCUGUAUGUGCGCUCCUGUGUGUGAUUUUUGGGAUGGCGGAUGCCUGGGCAGCACGAAGCGGCAGUGA